AUGGCGAGCCGCCAACCCGCCACGUUGGGGGUCUCAAUCUCCUUCUUCGUGAUCGCCAGUGUCUUCGUCGCUCUUCGGUUUAUCUCGCGCGUCUUCGUCGUGCGCAGGGUCGGGUUACACGAUUAUUUCAUGUUGGUCGCAUGGAUCAUUGAUUUCGGCUUCUCCUUCUCGCUUUUCUAUGCGACGAAAAAAGGACUUGGUCUACACUCGUACGACAUUCUGCCCGAAAACGAAGAGGCGCUCAACAAAGCGAAUUAUGUCUUCACCGUCCUCUACAAUCCAGCACUGAUGGCCGUCAAAACAUCCAUUUUGGUGUUCUACCUGACCUUGACUCGCAACCAAAAGGUCUUUCGAUGGGCCAACUAUGUUACACUGGCCGUGGUGAAUGCCGCUGGCUUCGCACUGACCAUGGUCAACGUCUUUCAGUGCCGUCCUGUGUCCGCCGCGUUCCACUCAACAGUCCCUUCCUAUGCGAAGUGUACCGACAUUGUGACUCUCUACCUGUCCUCCUCUCCCGUCAAUAUUAUCACCGACUUGGCCAUUCUUUUCCUUCCUAUGCCCAUUCUGACGCAGAUGCGGCUUCCUAAAAAGCAAAAGGUGAUUUUGAUAAUCACCUUCAGCUUUGGUUUCUUCGUGGCCGUGGUCGAUGUCAUCCGCAUUGCGUUCCUCCAACAAGCCGCCACUUCUCGUCAAUUAGCCUUGAAAUCGAUCCACAUACAGAAUCUCGGCGGCGCGGAUUUCAGCUGGUAUGUCUCGCUUUCUUUCAUGUGGUCCGCCGUGGAAGUCAACGUCUCGGUGAUAUGUGCAUGCGUCCCAAGUCUGAAACCGCUGGUCGCCCGCCUCGUACCGAAAUUGAUUCGAGACACCGAUGACCCGACUUCCAGCCCUCUCAACAACUACGCCACUGGAGACAGUCCGGUCGCGGUCCCCCAACCCGCCGUGAUACCAAAUUCCAAUGGUCCGUCUCCGGCUUCCUCUCCAUCCGACAGCACUGGCAGCAAACCCUCUCAAACCCGAAGCGGCAGUAGCAUUGCCCGACGCCAAAGCUCAAAUACGCCCAUGGGUAUUUUAGAUUUCCUGGGCCACCCGGGGAAUGGCCCUGCGGACACCGAAGCCAACACGCAUACCAGCGCGUCCUACCCACCCGAUAUCACAUUCUUCGAUUUCGUCAAUAUGAAGAACCCAGAGAGCAUGCUGAAACUGAACAACCGAGAGUCCAUCGCGCCGAUUGCAUUGACUACCCUUCUGUUCUUCUUAUGGGGCUUCGCAUAUGGUUUUCUUGACAUACUAAACACCCAGUUCCAGACAAUUGUCAAGCUGGACUCGUGGCACUCCCUUGGGCUCCACGGGGCCUACUUUGGCGGGUAUGUUGUGGGACCGUUGCUCAUUGGGCGGCCAGUCUUGAAGAUUUGGGGUUUCAAAUCCACGUUCAUCACAGGCCUCUGUAUCUAUGCGUGUGGCACCCUUAUCUUUUGGCCGUCUGCCGUAUUGACCUCUACUGCGGCGUUCACGCUUUCCAACUUCAUUGUUGGCCUUGGUCUUGCCGUCCUGGAGACGGCGGCAAACCCAUUCAUUGCGCUGUGUGGCCCCCUCGAGAAUUCGGAAAUUCGACUCAACAUCUCGCAAGGCGUACAGGCCAUCGGCAGCGUCGUGUCGCCAUUGCUAGCCAAAAAGGUCCUGUUCAAAGGUGUGCAGGAUGUGGCGUCUUUGGUGGAUGUACAAUGGGCCUAUCUCGGCAUUGCUCUGUUUGACGUCCUUCUGGCCGUAGCAUUCUAUUAUCUCCCGAUUCCCGAAGCUUCGGAUGAUGACUUGGAGGAAUUGGCAAAUCGACGCCGAGAAGAUAAUAUGACCAAGGUCCUCGGGAUCCCGGUGGUUUGGCUCACUCUUGCCUUAGGAGUCUGGUCACAAUUCUUCUACGUAGCUGGACAAGAAGUCCUUGCCACAUCCCUCGAACGCUUCGUCGCUGCGGUUAAUCCAAAUACCACGCUAGGCGGCUUCGAGUUCUUGACGAUCGGCCAUAGCGUUUUCGCCAUAGGCCGCUUCCUAGCUGCCUUUGCACAAUGGUUUCUCAAACCACGCUGGAUCCUCAUGGUCUCCUACAUCGGCAUGAUUGUCUUCGCCGUGCUCUGCAUGAAGACCACCGGCUCGGCUGCGGCAACGAUGGCGAUGCUGGUCUUUUUAUUCGAAAGCGGUGCGUUCAGCAUUAUCUUUGCCAUCUCCCUUCGCGGGACUGCUCGGCAUACCAAGACCGCCUCAGUGUUCCUCACUAUGGGCAUUAGCGGCGGUGUCUUCUUCCCCUUUGCCGAGUACGCGGCCUACUUGACGCACGGUCAGAACUACUCCUACUGUGUUAUUGUGGCUCUGUUUGCUGCUGGCGCCAUCUUCCCCCUGUACCUCAACCUGGUCCCCGCAGUCAAGAAGCAGGUCGAUCCCGUGCCGAAUGAGUAUCUGCGCCGCCACCGCCGGCGCAGCCGGGCCGCCACUGGGACUAUCCACCGCGAGAAGCAGAACCCGGCGAUCGGGGGCGUGCUGUCGCGCCGUCGUAGUCUCGUUUCGGACCCAGACUUGCUCCCCGACCUCCCCAUGCCCGGCGAGACUCAUCCUCAGCCCCGGGCACGCAGCAUUAAGCAGGCUUCCCAGUCCAGCGCUCACUCCCACGCCCCCUCGCAGUCGUCCCAAAGCUCUGCGUCUAAACGAGUGACCACGAUUCAUGAACCAUGA